AUGGAGAAGUGCACAAUUCUUCAGGCAGAGAAUCUGAUUCUACAGCCUCAAAUGCAGCAUCCAACCCUGGAUAACCUUGCUAAAAGGAGGCAAGUCAUGCCUGUCUUGGCCACCACAGUGAUGCCUGCAUCCUACUGACUUGAGCAUCUCACCCAGUUUCAUGGUGACCCUGCCAAUCAAUCAGAGUUCGUUGCUCAGGUGACUACCUACUUGACAGCUCUCCAGAUCUGUAAUCCUGCAAAUGAUGCCCAGAUCAAGCUCUUUUUUGAUUACCUGCUUCAGAAGUUAGAAAGCUGUGGGAUAGUAUCUGGGCCUGACAAGACUACCUUACUGAAGCAAUAUGAUAGUUUUAUUCUUGAGUUCCAGCAGUCACUUGGUGAACCCACAAAACAGGAAAUGAAUCCUCUAAUGAAUGAUAAGGUUGACAAAGGGGACAACUCCUCUCAACAGGACCCUGCUACUUUCCAGCUCCUUGCUCAAAAUCUGAUCUGUAAUGAAACCAAUCAGAAUGAUCAGUUUGAAAAGGCACUAGCUGGUCCCAACCAGGAUGAAGACAGUGUCAGAGGUAUCAUGGACAGUCUUCCAGACCUGAUCACUCAGUGCAUUCAGUUGGACAAGAAGCAUAGUGUCAAGCCAGAGCUCCUACAGUCAGAUACCCAGUUUCCAAUGUUGACCUCCUUGAUCCAACACCAAGCCCUUGUUAGCCCCACAGAUCCACCACCCAAAAAAGGGCCUAUGCAGCUGCGAGAAGGCCAGCUGCCUCUUACCCCAGCCAAACGAGCCUACCAACAAGAAACUCAGUUGUGCCUCUACUGCAAUCAAUCUGGUCACUUCACAAGAGAUUGCCUUGCCAAACGUUCUCGAGCUCUAGCAGUGACAAAUAACACAGCUCACCAGUAA